AGCUCUCCUGAACUGUACAUGUCAUUGUGACAUUACCAUUAAGGUGAAGUUAUUUAAACAUUAUUCUUUUUUCAUAUAAUAUCUUGUUUUGUUUGUGAAUUGUGUUGUCAUGGCGGCCGUCAACAAAUGUUUUUAUAUUGUCUUUUAUUGUCCAUUUAGUGCAUGCUUUUUAUAUUUUUAAAAAUUGUUUUCUUAAAGUUUACUUUCAUUCUUUCAGUAUAUAGUUUUUGUUUAAAUCUUUUGGUGAAAAAGUCUAAUUCUUUUAGUUUUAAAGUAUUAUUUUCAGAGGUUUCCAGUCAAAGACAGUCUUAUUUGGAAGUGAAAAAGAUCAAGCAACAAGGAAGUGAAGAGAGCUCUCCAGAACUACUUACCAUUAUAAAGGAAUGCUCUAGAUUUCCAUUUGCAUUUGCAUGUCCCGAUAUGACUUCCUCUACGGUCGUUAAAUGUCUCAAUGAACUAUUCGCCCUAUUUGGAUUACCAGCGUACGUCCACAUUGACAGGGGAACUUCGUUUAUGUCUACAGAGGUGCAGUAUUUCCUCCACGAGAGAGGAAUUGCAACCAGUAGAACUACACCUUACAGCCUGAGAGGUCACGGACAAAUAGAUAAACUUAACGGGACUUUAUGGAAAGCCAUCACCUUGGCUCAACGUUCUAAGGAAUUGGACAUAGCUAAAUCGGAACUAGUACUAAAUGAUGCUUAUCAAUCCAUACUGUCAUUACUAUGCACUGCAAUUAACAGGACACCACAUGAACGACUUCUUGGGUUCAACCAAAGAAGUGGUUGCGGGACAUCCUUGCCAACAUGGUUGACCAGUCCUGGUCCUGUCCUGCUGAAGAAGAACGUUAGAUCAUCUAAAUAUGAUCCCAUAACAGAGGAAGUUGAUUUGGUAACAUGCAACCCUCAGUACACCAAACGGCCGAGAGGAAACUGUCUCAUUACGAAUGUUAGCCCCUAGGGAGGAACAAAAAGUUAUAGAAAAUGAGAAUCAGAGUAGAACAGAGCUUGAUAUUGGCUGCCCCGUUCAAAGCUCACCUCCCAGGAAUCAACCGACUGAUUCUAUCAUGCCUGAAGAAACCACCAGCACCACCGAAGACAUAGCCAGACCGUCCGAAACUCAAGCAGAUGAAACUACACAUACAAUCUUAGAGUAAGGAGAACUAGGCCCAACUACAAAGUGUAAAAGCUCAUCAGCUUACUGGAACUAUUAUUUUCUUUAUUUUCAUUUGGUUUUGUUGACUUGACUUUAAUGUGAUAUUUGAUCUAUCAUGAUAUAUUUUAAUAAGCUAUUUGAUUUACCAUAUGAUAUCAACAUGUUACAUAAUGUCAUGCUAUUCUACAUUGUUUGUUUACUUGAAUCUCUAUUAUUAUUCUACACUUAUUUAAUUCUUUCAUUGUUUAUAAUACUAGUUAGCAUAAUUUGAACCGGGGGUGAAUGUUAUGAAAAUUAUAUUCUGUAUCGGUUAUCGUUCUUAUGUUUACAUGUGCUUGUAACUAGUCCGUAAGAAUGUGUUCACGAAAUGUGUGUUGUGUAGUCAUUCAGUGUAUUAAAGCCAUACUAUACAGACAUGGUUUUCGACUCUCUUACCUUUAUGUUUAUAACAUAUAGCUGAAAACAAUUCAUACUGUCAUCACAAAAGCACAAUUUUUUUACCUUGUAAAAUCCUUCACAUCCUCUGUCCAGACACCAUUAGCAGCAGGGACAUUGUGCAUUGAACCCUUCCUAUCUAAGAAUAUAGGUCUACAUUGCAGUAUGUCUCUCACAAUAUUGUUUAUUAUUUGGCAUUUUAGUGAUUUGCAGAAUUUCAAGUUUUAUCUUAACAAUUGUUUAGUGCAAAACAAUUUUGAAAUAUAUUUAGAGGCAUAAGCAAAUGUCAUGCAUUUUUUAGAAUAUAAUGUAACAGCUCUUCUUUAUGGGACCUUCAUAUAAAAUUUUUUUCUAGCCUAGUAAAUGUAAAAAUGCAUUUCCUCCAUGACAAUUAAGAUUAUUAUUACUAUUACUAUUAUGAAAUAAAAAGAAAAGAAUCAUAUUAAGACAUAUUUAUUU